UAUUCCCACCAUGAGGGGGUUGAUUUUAGCCCUGGUUUUAACCCUCGUGGGGAGCCAACAUCUUAAUUAUCAACCUGAUUUCAGUGAAAACAAUGCUUACACGUAUGAUUAUGAAAGUGUACUUCUCAGUGGACUUCCAGAGAAAGGACUUGCAAGAGCUGGAAUAAGAAUAAGAAGUAAAGUGGAAAUUAGUGGUAUUGGGCCAAAACUUUGUCUUAUUAGGAUUCACUCAAUUGAAGCAGCAGAAUACAACGGUAUCUGGCCUACGAGCUCAUUCUCUCGGUCGCUCAAACUGACUCAGGCACUAACAGGACAACUGAGUAAUCCCAUCAAAUUUGAGUAUAACAAUGGCCAUGUUGGAAACCUUAUGGCUUCUGAGUCUGUCUCAGAUGAUGGUCUUAACAUCUAUAGAGGGGUUUUGAGUGUGCUGGAGCUGAGUAUAAAGAAGAUGCAGAAUUCAUACGGCUUACAGGAGGCCAGCAUUGGAGGAAUUUGUAAUACUACCUACGCAAUUCAGGAAAACAAGAGAGCAAACCUAAUGUAUGUGACCAAAUCCAAGGACUUGAACAGCUGUGAAGAGAGAGUUCAAAUGGUCACUGGUUCAGCAUUCACUCAUCCUUGCCGGACCUGCCAGCAGAGAAACAAGAAUUCCCAGGCAACUGCUACUUACAAUUACAAAAUUAAAUAUGCACGUAAUGAAGCUGUAAUUACACAAGCUGAUGUCGAGGAAAUCCACCAGUUUGCACCCUUCAAUGAGAUAACGGGAGGAAAUGCUAUAGUAGAAGCAAGGCAGAAACUUACAUUGACUGAUGUGCAAAAGCAGAUGGCUGAGAUCCCACCAAAAGAAUUUUGGAAACGUGGGUCACUUCAGUACCAGUUUGGCAGUGAAUUGCUUCAGCUUCCUGUACACUUAUUCAAAAUAAAAAAUGUGGAAACCCAGAUAGCAGAAAGCCUGCAAGACCUAGUAGAGAACACAUAUGAACAGGUUCCCAGUGAUGCACCUGCAAAAGCCCUCAAGCUUUUGCACCUUUUCCGUGCAGCAAAUGAGGAGAAUUACGAGUCAAUGUGGAAACAAUUCUCAAGUCGGCCAGCAUACAGGCGCUACCUUUUGGAUAUAGUUCCUUCAGUUGCCACUCAUCGUGCACUCAGGUUCUUAAGGCGUAAAAUGGAAAGGCAAGAACUCACCAACUGGGAAGCAGCUCAGACAGUGCUUGUCGGUCUGCACUCAAGCGUGCCAACUCGUGAUGUGAUGGAGGAAGCCACACUCAUUGUGAAAAAACAUUGCCCACGCUCAAGUACUGUACUUGGAAAGGUUUGCCAUCUUAGCUAUGCAUCAUUGUGCCAUAAACAGUGCUCUUCUUCAGAUUCCUGCUCUGAAUGUCUCCAGCUACUUCAUGGCUUUGCAGGAGAAGCAUUGAGCAAGUCUAACACAGAAGAAAUUUCCCUGGCCUUGAAAGCCCUUGGGAAUGUGGGACAUCCAGCCAGCAUCAAGCACAUCAAGAAAUUUUUGCCAGGAUAUGCAUCGGGUGCCUCAGAUCUGCCACUCAGGGUUCAUGCAACUGCUGUAAUGGCGCUGAGAAACAUAGGAAUGAGAGACCCAAAAAUGGUACAGGUUAUUACCCUGGAGAUUUUCCUGAAUCACAAAAUACAUCCUCGCCUCCGAAUGUUCGCUGCCUUAGUUUUGCUUGAAACCAAGCCAGGUCUUCCUAUACUGAUGACAUUAGCUGAUGCUGUGCUGAAGGAACCUAGCAUGCAAGUGGCAAGUUUCAUCUAUUCUCACCUGAGGGCUCUGGGUAGAAGUACAGCUCCAGAUCUUCAAGCAACGGCUUCUGCCUGCAGAAUGGCUGUUAGAGUAUUAAGCCCCAAAUUUGACAAAUCUGGCUAUCAGUUCAGCAAGGUUUUCCGCUUCAGUAUGUUCAAAGAGUUUCUUAUGACUGGACUGGCAGCUAAAUAUUUGGUAUUGAAUAAUGCAGGCAGCACAAUUCCAACAAUGGCAAUGUCCCAGCUGCGAACACAUUUCUUUGGAAGAGUUGCUGAUCCCUUGGAGGUGGGAAUAACAGCUGAAGGGCUGCAGGAGAUGUUCGCUAAAGGUUAUUCCCCUGACCAGGACUGGGAGACUGACUAUGACUUCAAGGAAAUCCUGAAAACGCUUUCUGACUGGAAGGCCUUCUCUAGUGAUAAACCUUUUGUAUCAGGCUACCUGAAGAUGUUUGGCCAAGAGUUAUUCUUCGGUGGACUUGACAAAAACAGCAUCCAAAAUGCAUUGCAGGCAUGGUACGGACCUGAUGAAAAAAUCCCUUCAAUAAGGAGAUUAAUCAGUAGCCUUCAAAGUGGUGUAGGGAGGCAGUGGACCAAGGCUUUACUGUCCUCUGAGAUCCGCCGUAUUGUGCCUACCUGCACUGGAUUCCCAAUGGAGACAAGCUUCUAUUACGCAUCUAUCACAAAAGUGGCAGGAAAUGUUCAAGCACAGAUUACACCUUCUCCAAAGUCUGAUUUCAGACUGACUGAGUUACUAAAUGCCAACGUUAGGCUGCGAUCCAAAGUGAGUCUAAGCAUGGCUAAGGACAUGACCUUUGUAAUGGGGAUCAAUACACACAUGAUCCAGGCAGGACUGGAAGCGCAAACCAAAAUGAAUGUUCAUGUCCCUGUGAAUGUUGUUGCCGCCGUGAAUAUGAAGGAAAAAAGUAUCAAAGUUGAAAUUCCACCAUGUAAAGAAGAAACUAACAUUAUUACUGUAAGGUCUAAGACAUUUGCUGUUACACGGAAUAUUGAAGAUUUGACUGCUAGUAAGAUGACUCCAGUUCUUCAACCUGAAGCAGUGCCUGACAUAAUGAAGAUGUCCUUUGAUUCAGAUUCUGCAUCAGGCGAGACUGAUAACAUCAGGGUCAGACAGUCUACAGAAGACGUUUCAUCAGGAAAUUCCUUUUCCUUUGGACAUUCACCUUCUCAGAAGGAACCAUUUGUUCAGUCAGUGUGCUCCAAUGCAAGUACUUUUGGAAUUCAAGUGUGCGCUGAGAGGAAAAGUAUACAUGCAGCAUUUAUCAAAAAUGUGCCUCUUUAUUACCUAGUUGGAGAACACGCACUUAGAAUGAGCUUCAAACCAGUCUAUAUAGAGGCACCUAUUGAAAAAAUACAAGUCACGAUUCAAGCAGGGGCCCAAGCUCCUACAAAAAUGAUACGCUUAGUAACAUUUGAAGAUCCAGAGACAAAAGUGUCUUCAAGCAAAGAAGCACUUAAAAGAGUGAAGAAAAUCCUUGAUGAUACUUAUGGCCAGGGGACAAGAAAAUCAAGAAGCUCAUCGUCCAGUGCCAGCAGCACCAGUGGAAGCUCUGAGAGUACAACAAGCAGCCCCUCCAGCAGUGACUCUGACAACAGGGCCUCAAAGGGCGGCACCCAGAUAAAUCUGAAAACAAAACAGCCUAAAGCCAAAGGAAAGAAAUUCUAUCCCUUUGGGGACAGUGGCAGUAGCAGCAGCAGCAGUAGCAGUGAUAGUAGCAGCAGUAGCAGCAAGAGCAGUAGCAGUGGAAGUAGUAGCAGCAAAAGCAGUAACAGCAGCAGCAAAAGCAGCAGUAGCAGCAGCAAAAGCAGUAGUAGCAGCAGCAAGAGCAGCAGCAGCCAAAGCAGCAGCAGGAGGAAAGGAAGGAGUAGUAGUAAUAGCAGCAAAAGCAGUAGUAGCAGCAGCAAGGGCAGCAGCAGCAGCAGCGGCAUAGGUAACAGUAGCAACAGCAGCAGCAGCAGCAGCAGCAAAGCAUCUGGUAUGAAACGUACAGGUAAAAAGCAUCCCAAACCCACGUCGUUUCCACAUGCCAGCGCUGCUGUUGGAGGGAGAAGUGUUCAUGGGCAGAAGCCUAAAACACAAAGCAGCAGCAGUAGCAGCAGCAGAAGCAGCAGCAGAAGCAGCAGCAGUAGCAGCAGCAGUAGCAGCAGCAGCAGAAGCAGCAGCAGUGAAAGCGCUGGUGUACCCCAUCGCCACAGCAAGGAGCGCUCCAGCAAAUAUGACAGACGAGCUGAGACAAAACAUGUCAAGUCCCAAUUUAACAGUUACAGUAGUUAUGACAUUUCCACAGAAUGGGAGCAUUACCUUCCAAAAGUGUACCGGCUCCGCUUCAAGUCUGCUCAUAUGCAUUGGCAUCCAGAUAGGAAGAUAUCAGACAGCUCAUCAUCAUCUUCCUCUGAGUCAGGAAGCAGCCACAGCAACAGCAGUAGCAGCAGCCGCAGCAGCCGCAGCAGCAGCAGCAGCAGCAGCAGCAGCAGCAGCAGCAGCAGCAGCAGCAGCAGCAGCUCUAGGAGGAGCCACGUUAGCAAAGGAAUCGGCAUUCAUCACAGGAGUGGUUCCAGCUUAACACGUGAGCGCAACUUCCUGGGAGACGUAAUUCCACCUGGCAUUACGAUUGUGGCACAGGCAGUAAGAAGUGACAACAGAAAUCAAGGUUAUCAAGCUACAGCAUAUGUUCGUUCUGAUGCUGCCAAAGUUGAUGUGCAACUAGUUGUGGUUCAGCUGGCUGAAACCAGUUGGAAGGCAUGUGCGGAUGCUGUAAUACUGCCUCUGAAAGCACAGGCCAGACUGAGAUGGGGCAAGGAGUGCCGAGACUACAGAAUAGAAGCCAGGGCUACCACGGGCCAGCUGGCGAGGAAACCGGCCGUGCAGCUGAAGGUGCAAUGGGGAAAUCUGCCAUCCUGGAUAAAAAAGACAAGCACGGCAUUCAUGCAGUAUGUUCCUGGAGCAGCACUCGUGUUGGGCUUCUCAGAAGCACAUCAGAGAAAUCCAUCUCAUGAAUUUAUAGUAAGGGCAGCUGCAACAUCUCCACGGACCUUUGAUAUAGUAAUUAAAGCUCCUGGGGCAACAUUUUACUGCCAGGCACUCCGAAUUCCAUUCACUCUGCCCUUAGGCCCAUCUCCAGCUUACGAGCCUCGAGAUAUUACGGCUUGGAAUUUCCUUCCUGAAAUAGCUUCACAAAUAGCACAAGAAGAUCAAUCCACAUGUGAAAUCAGCGAGGGAGAUUUCAAAACAUUCGACCAUGUGAACCGUACAUAUUCUUUCAGUAAAAGCUGCAGCCUGAUAGUGGCCCAAGACUGUACUGAACAUCCGAAAUUCAUCAUUACUACAAAAAAGGUUGAUCCAAAGUCCUUCUCGAGAGAGGUUCACAUAAAUACGAGCUCAUCAAACAUCACAAUCUGUCCUGCACCAAAUUCAUCUCUCCUUGUGGCAUGCAAUGAAGAGCCAGUACUAACAGACAGUGGAGAUUCUGAGUAUGAAAAAGACAAUAUUAAAAUUUAUAAAAAUGGGACAACAGUUAUCGUGGAAGCUCCAACACAUGGACUGAAGAAUUUGACUUUUGAUGGUGUGGUCCUUAAGGUUACUGUUGCUUCAUGGAUGAGAGGAAAGACCUGUGGAGUUUGUGGAAAUAAUGACAGAGAAAAGCACAAUGAACUCCUAAUGCCAAAUCAUAAACUUGCACACAGCUGUUCUGCUUUUGUUCAUUCAUGGGUAUUGCUAGAAGAAACCUGCUCUGGUGGGUGCAAACUACAGCGCAGUUAUGUGAAGCUGAAUCGAAAUCCUACUGUUGAUGGAGAAGAAUCUGUGUGCUAUUCUGUUGACCCAGUACUGAAAUGUAUGAAAGAGUGUACUCCAAUCGAAAAAGAUUCAGUUAAGGUUGGCUUCCACUGUUUCCCAAAAGAUACCGCUGUAAGCCUGCUGGAAUGGCAGAGAAGCAGUGACAAGAAAUCUGCAUCUGAGGAUGUUGUGGAGUCUGUGGAUGCUGACACUGGUUGUACCUGCACCAGCAACUGUAGUUAAGCUAAAUGCUUUAGUGUU